CGUGGAAGCUGGACAGAUACUGUUAUAUAUCAUGCUAUCACCGUCAAGAUCAGUACUCUGUCUGUAACAAACCAACCAAAAAGCACACUCCAACAUCCUCUCUAUAGUCAACAAGAGAAUAGUUUCUUCAAAAAGGAAGUUAACUCUGAUUCUUGAGAUAAUAAUGGCCAAAGAGUUACUGCAAUUGUAUUUCACUUUAAUCGCUUUCUCGGCGAUUCUGGUUUCACAGGCUUGGGCAUUUACGGAUCAGAAUGACGUUAUGGCCCUUGAAAAUCUGUACGCAUCCCUGAAUAAGCCACCACAGCUGAAGGGGUGGAGAACUGGUGGAGGGGAUCCAUGUCAGGAGUCAUGGACUGGAGUUUUUUGUUCUGGAUCAUCUCUCAGAGACCUUAAGCUUCAGGGAUUAAACCUUAGUGGGUACCUAGGAACCCAACUGCAUAAUCUCUAUAGUUUGAAGCACCUGGAUCUUAGCUACAAUUAUCUUCAGGGUGAAAUUCCAUAUGGCUUACCCCCUAAUGCUACUCGCAUCAAUUUAGCAUGCAACAAAUUGAAUCAAAAUAUUCCCUAUUCUUUAUCUACCUUGAAAGUUCUCCGAUAUCUGAAUCUAAGCCACAAUUCAUUAUAUGGGCCCAUUGGCAAUGUGUUCAUUGCCAUGAAGAAUCUAAAAGAGAUGGAUUUAUCAUUCAAUUACUUCACUGGAGAUUUACCAACUUCUAUAGGAUCCCUGACAAAUCUUUCUAGAUUGUUCUUGCAAAAUAACCAAUUCACCGGAUCAGUUAUCUACCUGGCUGAUCUACCGCUAACCGAUUUGAACAUCCAAAGCAAUCAUUUUAGUGGUGUUAUCCCAGCUCAUUUUCAGUCAAUACAAAAUCUAUGGAUUGAUGGGAACGAAUUCAUGGGAGGCAACUACCCACCCUGGAAUUUUCCUGAAACGAAAAAUGUGACCGUUGGGAAAAAUUUUAGUGACCAACCAACUACAGAAUCAAGUGCCACAGAUAAGUCUCUCAAUCCUGAAGCAUUUGGACACGUGAAGAAGAGACGGCUAGGCCCUGGAGGAAUAGCUUGUAUAGUGGUUGCAACAACUCUUGCAGUUACCUGUGCAGCAACUGCUGUAAUUUUUGUCAAACGACCCCAUGUUUUUCCAGUCAUUAGAACCAGAGACUUUUCUCUACUAGCACUCAAAGCAAGUCCAAAAUUCUUGCCAGUCAAAGCUCCAUCUACUCUUGACCCGAACCAUAUAACUUCUACUUGCCGUACAACAUGCUUUGCCGAGAAAUUCAAAGCUCCAGAAAGUGCUAAAAUUUACACAGUGGCGGAGCUUCAAUCAGCAACAAGCAGUUUCAGUGAAGAGAAUAUACUAGGAGAGGGAUCUCUUGGUUGUGUGUAUAAAGCUGAAUUCCCUGAUGGCCAAAUAUCAGCUGUGAAAUACAUCCGCAUGGCAUCACUAUCUUUGCAAGAAGAAGAACAAUUCUCAGAUGUGCUUUGCAAUGCAUCGCGAUUGAGGCACCCAAACAUUGUAACACUUGUUGGCUACUGUAUAGAACAUGGACAACAUCUUCUUGUGUAUGAGUAUAUAAAAAAUGUUACACUUCAUGAUGUUCUGCAUAAUGAAGAACACAAAUCACUGCCAUGGAUUACUCGCAUUAAUAUUGCACUUGGUGUUGCUGCAGCUCUGGACUACUUGCAUAGUUGUUUCUCCCCUCCUAUCACUCAUGGCAACAUAAAGGCUAGUAAUGUCUUACUUGAUGAAGAACUUAAGCCUCGUCUAUGUGACUGCGGCACUGCAAUUUUGAGAUCGCUGACAAGCAACAGUGAUAAACUUAAGGCUUCUGAAAUUGUUAUUGAUGACAUUGGCUACACUGCGCCUGAGAUUGGGGAAGGAGCAGAUGACACGAAAAGCGAUGUAUAUGCGUUCGGAGUGUUGCUUUUGGAGCUUUUAACAGGACGGAAAGCUUUUGAUAGCUCAAGACCAAGUGAAGAGCAAUCAUUGGUAAAAUGGGCUUCAUGUCGUCUUCAUGAUAAUGCAUCUUUGGAACUAAUGGUAGAUCCAGGCAUCAACAUAACAACAGUCUCCCCAAAAGCUCUCUCCCAAUUUGCAGAUGUUGUUUCACUCUGUAUUCAGCCUGAGAUGCUAUUCCGACCGCCUAUGUCUGAAAUUGUGGUCUCUCUGGCGUCGCUGCUGCAAAAAUUCACCUUUGCAAAUAGCAGUCCUCUAGAUGGGGCUGAAGAUACCUUUGACACAUUUUUUGACGUAACAGACUCUAGUCUCAGAGGCUCUUCAUCACACCAUUACUCCGCCAGAAAUUGCUAGCAGUUUGCUUCUAAAUAAAUUGAUAAGUGAUUCUAGUUGAAUACCAUUCGCACUACAUUCAUUCCAACUGUCAUCAUUGUUGUAAUUCUGUAUUCACUUCAUGAAAAAUCUCAAAUUCUUUAAUCAAGUGAAAGGGAUCCCGAAAUUUUAAGUUCUCUAAAA